AUGUUCAUGCAGGAAAUAAUGGAAGCAGGCGCAGAUGAAUUUGCUGCAGAGGACUUGGCAGAUGAUGUGAUUGUGGACGGCCAGGCAUCAACAUUUGAGCAGACUCGGCGGGAGAUCAUCUCGCCCGUUCUUGUGCUGGCUGUGCUCCUGAUGACGCGCAUGCAGCUGGUGCCGGAGAUACGUGUGGAGGGCACCCUUGGCACCGGGCCUUUGGACUACGCGGCGCACGGUCCUUGCGGGGUCAGCGACGCCAAUGCGGGGCGGGGCCAAGGCGAGAGGAACGCUGCGACAGACGCGCCCAUGUUGACUGCGCAGCCGCGCACCUGGCGGCAGCAGCAGGCCCCUAGCGCACACAGGCAAGACAGUGUCUCAGUGGACCUGUCUGGCGGGUCACCGGGCAGAGAGGUCAGAUCUGGUGACCCUGCCGGGAUUCCAGCUACAAGGCCUGGGCACAGCGGCUUGGACAGAGCAGCUGCCAUGCUGCCACAGCCCUCUGCAGCGGCCGAGCCAAGCCACAGGAAUAGCAUGCAGCUUGCAGUCGCCGGCAAGUUGCACUCAUUAAAGCAGCACCCCCAGGGGCUCAACCAGCCUGGGAGAGCCCUGGCAGCGAUGUGGCACCUGGAGCGGUGGAAAGCUUCGGCGGAAGCUGCGAGGCAGCUACCGGGCGGGGCCACUGACGAAAGCGCCGGCCAAAUCAGGUGCGCUGCUAGCUAG